AUGGCCUUCCAUGAAUCUUCAGCUUUGGCCCGCAUGUUCAUCGUCAAGAAUAUCAAUAUCCCGCCCUCUCCCACUGUACCGCCAGACCAGGAUGCCGCUACCGAAUCAGAACGACUCAAUCUAUCCUUCAUGGAUCUACCGCGAGAACUUCGAGAUAUCGUAUACGAGCUCUACCUCCCGGAUACAGAAUCCACAUACGACGCAAAGACACACAAGUUUACCAUCACCAACAAGGAAGCUGACGACAUGUCGCUUGGCUUCACUUGCCAUACCAUCUUAGAGGAGCUACUUUGUCGCGCAUUCGAAGUCAAUCUAACUUUCCAUGCUGCUUUCGUGCACACGCCACGCGAGAGUGACGAUCAAUGGGUCGAUGACAUUGGCCACAUCUUACUUUACAAGGAGGAUGUCGUGGAUGAAAUGGCCCGCCAUGACUGGGGAGAAGCUCCAUCGAUCUACCGCGACUUCAUCCAGCACACAUUGACUGUGCUCGCAAAGCAUCCCGAGUUCGCGCACGACGACAUAGAGUGGAUGGACAUCUUGCGGACACCAUCAGGCGCUCAACUACCAGCUCGCAACCUCUUGGAUCUUACCAAUUUACAGUCCAAACUCUGGUCGAUUCCUACGGACGGAGAUUUCAUGCAUAACGUGUCCAUCUCUGGAUUUCCUACUGAGAAUAACGAUUACCCCAAUACCGUUAGGUACCCAUUCUCGGCCGCAGCCAUCGCAAUACGAUUCCUCAACUGCCUGCCCCUGGGCCUGCGGAAGCAGAUCCAAUGUCUCCGCCUUGUUGAAAACCGAACUUCUAUCGCGCAUCCGGAGUGCCACAUGCGAGGUUUCAUACCAUUCUGCAUCGAUAUGCCAAAACUCCGCAUCGAACGACGCGUCAGCAUCUGGAAAACAGCUUCUACUUGUCACCAUCCAUACCCUUGGCUCAACGAGAGACGAGUAUAUGUGCGAGAAGGCAGACAGGAGGGCAAAAAGAAGCCUAAACGUAACCGGAGGAUCUGGCCAAACUGGAGCCCACCUUCAUUCCACGACUGGUUCACAGCUCAUGUAUUACCAGAAGCCCAGUCCGUGACGAAAGCUAUCGCACCCUGGAUCAUAGAGGCUGACGCCUUGGAAUCGCUCGGCAUGCCGGCCGGUGCAUGCACUCUACUGUUCAAAGGAGACGCAGCUGUGUAUCCCAAGCUUGCGCACAAUAUGUUCAACAACGUUGUACAACACGAUGCCGCGUGGCAGAUGGCCAUGGACUUGACGUUCAAGCCCAAAGACUCGGAAGCUUCGCAAAUAGAGUGGUUUGCAAAGCGACGCCGUCGCGGUUACUUCUACGAAACCUUUCCGGUUCUACUUCAGCAUAUGACCGCCGGGAUAGGCCGCAUCAAGUGUGACUUCGAUUUGGGCGUUGAACAAGAUGCCAGGACCGUCGCCCAAAGCAUGCCACACCAGUCUUCUGUUCACUGGGAUUGGCUCUGGCGCGAUCAUCAGUUGAACUCAAAUGAUACGGCGUAUGUUCUGAUGUUCAAGGUCCUGAACCCUAACCGCCCUGGGCCUCGCUGA